AGAGGGACGAGUUUUUGUUUGUGCGUGAGCGUGUGUGUUUGCGCGCGCGCGCUCCCACGGGAUUCACACACUUCAGCGCUACAGUGGAGUGGAGGUGGGAAACUGACAUUGUCCUUCGCUCAUCGCCGGAAAGUAAGAGACAGCGACAUGAUGUGUUGACAUUAACUGGUGGUGUAGCGGACGCUGACGACAAAAGCGCUUUGAGCAGCGGACGGAGAGACAGGUGAAAUUGACAUGGCCCAUCAUCUAUUGCUGUUACAAGUGGGGUUCUUCUUGCCGAGUGUUCAAGCUCUCUUUACAGUGGAAGUGGCCAGCCCAUCCUAUACGGCAGAAUUCAGUGGCGAUGUGGCGAUGGAGUGCAAGUUUGGGCCAAUGGACAGCAAAUCCAGCCUGUCUGUGCGCUGGCAACGCAUCCUGCCUAAGCCGCUGCUGAGGGUAUACAACCUAGAGAAUGGGCAGGAGGACCUCAGCUUCCAGGACUCGCAGUACCGUGGCAGAGUGCAGCUCAUGAAGGACAAACUGAGCAGCGGCCGUGCCAUUCUUAACAUUUCCAAUGUCAAGAUCAAUGAUUCCGGCACAUACGAGUGCCUUGUGGAAAUGGUUGGAGCCGACUUCAAGCGUACCACCCUCACUGUAAAGGCCUCAUACAAAUCAGUAAAGAAGACUGUUAGAAGGACUGGGAACGAUGAGGUGGAACUGUCCUGUGGAUCGGAGGGCUAUCCGCUGGCUGCAUUUGUCUGGAGUGAUCAGAGUGGCAGACGCUUUGACGAGCUCAACGCCUCCAGUACCGUAACUUCGGAUAAGCUCUUCCACAUCACGAGCAGUGUGAUUGUGGACACCUCCACCAACAACUACACGUGCACCAUCCUGGAGGAGAACCACUGGGGCCCAUCGGCCGCUUUUAGCAUUCCAGCGGAAAUACCUGGGACAAAGUCAGGAAAACCCCCUGUUAGAGUGGCGUGGCUGACGCUCAUUGUGGUUGCAGCCAUGGUUGUGGCCUUCCUGUUCUAUCACAGGAGGAAAGGGCUCAAGAGGAACCGUGCACCAAGAAUGAAACACUGUCUACUGAAUGACAGCCAUGCUGCUGCAUGUCUCCCUCAAGGAAGGAACGAUGAUGUCCAGGUUGGCAUUGAAGAUGAAGUAGAGGUGGAAGGCCUGAGGAAGGUCCUGAUGAGCAGAUAUGAGGUACUUUCCACAAAUACAGAGGUGUCGAAUCUCAGGGCCUUUUGUGAGAAUGAAUUACCGCGACGACUACGGAACAGGGAGGGCUUGACUGUGGGGGCCGCUGACCUCCUGCCAGGUGUCAGAGAGACUGUCCUGCUGGAAGAAGAAAAUGGAAACGAUAAAACGGCUGUGGCUCGCAGCCUGGCCUCUGCUUGGGCUGGUAACUCUCAGUGGGAUCCUUUUGGGGUUAGACAGCUCCCCUUGCUGGUGCUGGUGGCCUGUGAGGGAGCUGUGGACGACCUCUUCCGGGAGGCAGCACUGCAGGUUGACCAGAAGAGCCAGUUCACAGCUGGGGACCUGCAGAAACUCCUGACCGAAACCAUCGAUAGCCUGUUGGUGCUGGACGGGUACAGGGAGGGAUCCCGGGAACUGGAUGAGUCCCUCACAACGUUCCUGAGUAGCAGGAAAAUGUGUCGUGUUCUGAUUACAGCACGGUCAGGUCAGUGUGACAGCCUGAGGGGCAGCUGUAGGACAAUGCUGAAGCUUUGCAGUGCAAGUACUGGGAAUGAGGGACUGUCCUGAGGUCACAACCAGCCCAAGCAAUGAUGGAAUGCCUUACCUUCUGUACAUGCAGUCUUUGUGCAUGUCUCCAGUCAGUUGUCCAUACUGACAGUACUGAACGUGCCCACUCAUUUCAGGUGCAAGGAAGAGCUGAAUGUAGUAAUUUCUUUCCGUUUGGUGAUGGUGCUUGGUACAAGUUUACUUACGAAGAAAAGGAGUUUAGCAGUGUUGCAUAUAUUUCAUCUAUUCAUUUUUAGUCCAGACAAAAUCUGCUGAAUGCAAUGCAACUAAACUGAAAUACAUGAAUAACAAAUGUUCAUAUUAAUCUCCAUGUAGCUCAGAAUGUCAAAUACAGGUAUGCAAUAACUUACAAAAAUGUUAAAAUGCCAGGUGAGUGCAUAGAUGUGUGUCAUGUGUAAUGCGUAGUGGACUAGCUAGGCAGGCAAGGUUAAGGUUGCCCUAGAUAAAGCGGAGAGCUCUGGCUGCUCUGGCAAGGAAACCCAGGCAGAAAAGAUGAGCAGGUCCUGGACGUGGAGCUUGGUUGGGAGUGUUGUGAGAGAGGGAUGGGUUCUCUGGGUCAAACUGAAGAAGACAGCCCAUGUCCCGUAAAUGGGCCGAAGAAGGGAAUGGUGGGAUAGCAGUUACAGAAGACAAACUAGAGAGAUGGAGUGGAGUCACCUCUGGGUUACAGAUGAUGCCUCGUGGAGAAGAUUGUCUGCCUGUGUUGUGGACUGAUGAGGCUGAGCAGUAACAUGGUGUCUGUGCUCAAAGAAGAGGAGGCAAAUUGUUUAAAAUUAAUCAAAUAUUAAUUCUUUAACCCAUUUAGAAAUGUUUUGCUGCACAUCUGGAAAAAACUUCAUUAGUGCAUAAUGACAUGGGCAACACCUUUCACAUGUUACUGACAAGGACUUUGCCAUGAGAGUAUGAUAAGAAAGGAAUAAUAAUUAUUAAAUCACAAUGGUGUUUAGGCACCAAAACUUCUAAAACUUGAAAUCAUUGUGCCCGUAAAUACUAGACCAAGCUUAUGGUAGGCAUGUAAACACAGGUAUUGAAAUAAUGUCAAAACUGUAGAUAU